UCAAAGAGAGACUGAGAUAACAUAGAUGGCAAAUUUAUUCAGCUCAAGCAUUAUUCCCCACCUUCUUAAUUAUUCAUUUAAAAAUCUCAUAUUCAUUUACUGAGCUCUGUCAUUUCUAGUUGAUCAUAUACACCCUUCUUUUUUCUCUUUUUUUUUUCUUUUAUGGUACCUAAUAUUCUAUGCUAUAACAUCGUCCUUGAUAGAUCAAGUCAUAGCCUUAAAACCCGUAGUGUACAAGAGCGAGUCUUCUCAGAGAUUAAAGCAAUGAUCUUGCGAUAUGAAGAUCGCUACGGAGACAAUAAAUUGGAACCGAUUCCACCAAGGACACAGCAGGCAGAGGCCAUUGACAAGAUCGUAGAGAGUUUCCGGAAGCUUCGGGAAGGCCUGUUUUCCACCGAGACUCGAGAUGCCUUUGCAGCAGAAGUUUAUGAAGAGUCCGUUCGCUACAGUUUAUACGCCGGAAAUAUACCCGAGUUGACCAAGGCAUUACAUUAUCUUGUUCAAGAUUUACACCCAGUUGUCUAUAAGAUUGACUCGACGACGCCUUUAUCUUUGACUAUUCCUAUCAAACGCCAACGGUUUUUGGGACUUUAUAUUUUGUUCUAUCUGGCAAGGCCUGCACCCUCAGUAGUGGGGAAAAGGACUGGUCCAACGCCUACUGCACAGACAAUGGUUCAUCCAAAGACUGAGACUGAUCGAUUGAUAGUACAAUUACUGAACGUAUAUGACCAAUAUCGGAAACAGCAAUUAUCGUCGUCUUUUUCAUUGGCCUUGGUAUCAACGGCACCAAUAUCGAAAAUAUCAAAUCUCUGUUCAGAACUCUUGUUUGCAUUCACGUAUUGGAAAAGCCUUCGGGAAGGCAAUUGGGUCCAAAGAGAACGACUAUUGACUGUUGAGGUGACUGGAUUGCCUCAACAACAACAGCAACAACAGCAACAAGGAUCUGCAACUUGGGAGCAACGACUAAUCAUUCAGUACUCAAUAGUGAAUUCUUUGAAUUGUGCUAGAGCCAAUACUGUGGCGAUGAUGAGUAAAGCCUAUUAUUCUUUACCAAUAACUUCGAUGGCUCGCGCUGUUGGGCUGACAGGGUCCAACUCUGAAUCUGGAAAGACAGUAACCUCUUCUAAAGACAAUGUUGUUGCCUCUGUUGUAGAUGAAAAGAUAAAGGACCAGUGGCUCAAGAAGAUGCAGGCAUCGUACGGACUAAAUUCGUCCAUUGUCAUACGCGAUGACCAACUCAUGUUUAAGGCCAAGGCUUAAAAUAAUAAUACUGCCAUGUUUAGAAGCGUUCAGACACAUCUUACAUAUCUUACAUAUCAGAAUCUUUAAUUACUGUUGCUUCAUCAAUAAAUAAUAAGUUCAAUAAUGG